AUGUCGUCAACACCAGUUUCUUCGUCUGUAGCAGCACCAAAAUCUGGUGUUCAAUCAGCGAACAACAAAACCAAAGAAGAAUCAUCGAAAGAAGGUAACAAUGCUACUACAACCGUACAACCAUCAUCUCGUCCAUCAUCGACAGUUAAACAGCCAGCAGCAGCAGCAGCAGCAGCAACUACUGAAACUCGACCUGGAUCAGUAGCAAAAAAUCCAUCGCAAGAUACUACUAAUCGGCCAGCAUCUGCUGUAAAAGUUGAUCCUACUCUUACACCAGCUUCUGAUGCAACAACUACUGCUCCAACAACUGCAAGACCACCAUCAGCUAGCCAAAAACAGGAUGCAACAACAACAAAUAAUACAAAUACUGCUUCGACAACUUUAAGACCACCAUCAGCAAAUAAAAAGCCAGAAGAUACAGUUGCGAACAAUGCUACAACUGCUCCGCCAGGCUCAAGGUCACCAUCAGCAAAUAAAAAACCAGAAGAUACAGUUGCGAACAAUGCUACUCCUGCUCCAUCAAGCUUAAGACCACCAUCAGCGAGCAAUGCUGCUACUGCUCCAUCAGGCUCAAGACCACCAUCGGCUAAUCGAAAACAAGAAGGAACAGCUGCAAACACUAGCAUUGUUGGACAACCAGAUACAUCGGCUCCGGUUGAUCCAAAUGGUCCUAACACAACACAACCAAUUAUAGGACCACCACCAUCAGCAGCUACAAAAGAAGCUAGUGGAGAACCUACUACUACUACUACUGCUACUCUUGUUGCUGCAGUUCCACUUAAUAAUUUACCAGAAGGUACAGCACCAUCUGAUAAUAACAAUCCAGUUUCAACUCCUGCUGCGCCACCACCUGACAAUAACAAUCCAGUUUCAGCUCCCGCUGCAGCACCUUCUAUUCCAUCACGUGCUAGUUCGGCAUCAAAAAAACCUUCCACAUGA